CUCAGCGCACAAGCAUCCGACGUCAUAUGAUCUCCAUGACGUGGUGGCGGCGCUUGGCUUGGUAGCUUGAAUCAGCCAGUCUCCUUGGUAGCUCCGUAGUUUUUGAUGCAGACCUUGCUCCUCCAUCCAUUUUCAAGCUGGAAAUGGUUGGGCCACAUCAUUCUUCCCAGUCUUGACGUUGCGUCAACACUUGUGGCUGGAGAAAUCCGAGGUUGCCGCAGUUUUGCUUCUGUGCGAAUCCGUUUCAUUCUUUAAGGUUAAUACUGGUACGCAAGUACUCUUUCGUUUCCAAUUCCAUUGCCCAUCUCCCUCUUUCGCCAUUCACUACCAGCAAUAUCACCCCUGCAUACCCUCAAGAGAGCAUCCUAUGACCGCCUGAUCUGAGCUUCACGUUCAGCUUCUCCACGACUCACGAAUUGUCCAAUCAAUCCUCGUCGUCAUGUUGGGGUUAUCAUACUGGGUACGUCGUGUUUGCAUCACAACAACACCAUGGAAAAAAUAUACUUAUAUACAAGUACUUACCAUUGUGUAGAUGCUUCCAGUCUUUUCCAGUCUAGUAUGGCUCGGAACACUAAUGGGUCUCCUAAUCCACUGGACCACAUCGGGCAGACCCCAAUAUCAAUCUAUGGAUCCAACCCAGACAAUAGCCUACAUUUCCGACGUCGGCGCGCAAUCCCUCAAACCACUCUUCGUCACCGGCUGCGUUUUAACAUCUAUUUUCCUCGACGCCUCAUUCAUAUCCGAGAUCGUUCUCAGGUAUAAGGGAAGAUUAGCCAGGAAUUACUCGAGAACGGAGAAGAUUUUGAGUGUAUUAAGUGUGAUCUUUGCCAUUGUCGGCACGAUUGGGUUGAUUUGCUUGAGCGUGUUUGACACGUUGAGACAUCCGCAACUACAUGAUCUUUUCCUUGUCCUCUUUAUUUUUGGAUAUAUCGUCUCGGCAGUUUUCAUUUGCUGGGAGUAUCAAAGACUUGGAAUACGUACGUCUUCCCUCCUCUAUCCCUUCCAAGUCAGCCUUUACUGAUACAUAUACCAGACUAUCGACAACACAAAAUCCUCCGGUAUUCAUUCUGGAUCAAAUUAGCCUUCAUUCUUAUCGAAGUCGGACUCGCAAUCGCCUUUGCCGUCACCCAGAAAACGAAGAAAUACGAUAUGGCAGCUAUCCUCGAGUGGACUGUAGCAUUUGUCUUCACCUUUUACGUUAUGUCAUUUUUCGUCGACCUCAUCCCUGCAUUGCGAACGAAAGACAAGAGUCAGCGCUUUACGAAGGGGAAUGGUCGCACUGUAAUGUCGAUAGAACAGAAUGAUGGACUCGCAACCGCGGAAAUCAAUAUGCAUGAUCGGGAACGUAGACUUGAGGAUGGGAGUAGUGACCGGACGCUGGGGAGGAAUAAUGUCGGGAUGGUAAAUACACCCAUGCCUCCGCCCCCCGCGAAAUAUCGAGCUCCUUAGGAUGGGUUGGAAGGGCAAUUGAUCCAUGGUGAUGACUUGAUGAACUGAUGAGUGACGACGUCGACGGAAAUGUAGAUAUAAUGACAGGCCCGACGCUUAGUCGGUUCAUUGGGGGAUUUGAAAGGAGUGCAUUGCUGGGAGUUUGCUUUAGACGGAGCAAGGAAGAAAAAGAUUGUAUAGUCUGUUUUUCGCGUGGCGAUAGGUAGCGUCGGCGUUUAGGGUGUUUUGCUUGCAUACGCAUAGAUACAUGAGAAUAACACCAAUGAUAAUUAUUCCAGAUUUUUCAAAAAAGGA